CAACGCAAGACUGUUACAAUUAGACGAGGUGAGGAUAUUGAAUAGGUGUUAUGUCUUGUCGUUUUUGCUCCCAGAGUUUAGAGGCAAAAAAAGAAAUAGAAGGUUCUAUUUGCUCAAAAUGCGGCACUAGGUUUCCCCGCAUGUGCAACCAGUAUUACGUGACGUUGAGCUCAGCACUUGAAAGAAGUGGGUGGGUUGUUGAAGCACACGAAUUCGGGGAGGACGAACGUAAUUUUACGAAGGAGGCUAGGGGAUACGCUCCAUUUGCUUUAAGUAUUCGAAAAGGAAACGUUGUAAUUAUUAGUUAUAUUGAUAGAUCGGCUCUUUUUGCGGUUUCAAGUCGACUUUUUUCCGACUCAGUUUUAACCCGGAUUCUUUCGUUUCCACAGAAACGAAAACCUCGUAGAAGAUUUGGGUCGUAGUAUGCUUAGUUACUAACAA